GCUAAAGAUAUUCGAACAUUUCGAACUUUCAAAUUCAAACGUAAAAACGAAUGAGACGCGAGCAUACACGAGAGGCGAUCCUUUAAACUCAAAAGCACAACAUUAAUUAUAAUAUAAAUAAUUUAGACGAGAAAACAUGGUAGAAUCAAAGAGGAGCAACACUUGGUGUGUCCCGUCGUUUGAUUGCGAAUCUGUAAACAAACCCUCAAUGAAACGUUCAGCGGAACCAAACGAUGGGACUUUACUUGACAGAUCGUUCACGCAGAGUAACUUCAAGAGAAGAAAAAGAAACGAAACCAGCUUGUCGAAGUUGCUUCUAGCCUGCGAGCCCCAAUCGCUUUCUGAAUUGGCGGUCAGCAAGAAAAAACAGAACGAGAUUUCUAACUGGCUUCAAGACAGAGUGUUGGAAGGGCAACCAUCUAUGUUGAUUCUUUCUGGUCCUUCUGGCUGUGGCAAAACCGUAGCCGUAAAAUUGCUCGCCAAGGAAAAUGGUUUCAAUGUCAUAGAAUGGAUAACACCUAUCGAUCCAGCUGAAGAUGAAAAUAAAUACGUAAUGCGACAAGGUGACAGAUUUGAGGAUUAUCUGAUACGAGCGACACGUUAUCACUCGGUACUGGGCGAUUGUUCCAAGCAAUUACUUCUCAUUAAGGACCUCCCGAAUGUCUAUCAUGAAGAUUGCAACAGCUUUCUCACACUUCUGGAAAAGUAUUUCCAAUUAGGAAGAGAACCUGUGAUAUUCGUCUACACAGAUACCAGCAAUUGGAAACUGAAAACCUUAUUUCCACCUCAUAUAAUAGAAGAGUUCUGUAUUGAUCACAUCAAUGUUUUCGCAGCCACGCAUGCUGCGAUGAAAACUGUAUUGAAUCGUGUGUCCAAAACGUUGAAUGCCAUUUCCGGUGACAUGCUACGCGUCUCUCAGCGGCACAUCGAAGAAAUACUGUCCAACAGCAUCGGCGACGUGCGCAGCGCCGUUCUAAAUCUGAUUUUUGUUUCUCUCAGAGUGCCAGAAGGAUGCCUGAAGAGCGAGUGCGGGAUACGGGAAGAGACCCUGAGUCUGCCGCACGGUGUCGGAAGGGUCAUAAAUCCGAAAAAGGUACCACAUGGCGACUCCUUCAAAUUCGUACACGAUCCCGAGGAAAUAGCAGCGUUCUUCCAAUCAUUGUCAGUGACAUUUGUUCAAUUUCUCCAGGAAAAUUAUUUAAAAACUAUAAGGACCAUAGAGGAAGCUACUGUAGCGUCCGAUAUAUUGAGCCUAUCUGAUGUUCUAAAUUCUGAUUGGAGUGAUCGCAAAGAUUUGAGUAAAGUUGCGUUAUCAUAUUGCAUCCGCGGCUUGAUGGUGGCAAACGAGAAACCUGUAUCUAAUUGGAAUCCAACGAAAAAACCACCGGAUAACCAUACUAACAUACGAAGAUGUUUAGUAACGGCAGAAACGCGCUAUUAUGAAUCUAUAAUUAAGAAAUCUACUUCGAAGGAGACGAAUAAAGUGUUGGAGGAGAACGAAGAAACAUUUAUUGAAGAGGACUAGAUAUUGAAUUAUAUAGGAGAUACUCUCUUCAUGAUUGUUCUUUCAUUUUAUAUUGCCUAAUAGUUUUGCUACAAAUAAACAAAAAUUGGAAACACCG